AUGCAGGUAACACUACAGGUGUGUGUUCAGAUGGAGGAGGUUCCAGGAGAACUGACACAGGACGACCUCGCUCCCAAUGAUGUCAUGAUCCUGGAUACCUGGGACCAGGUUUCUGUUUCCUUGGUGUUUCCUCACCUGCUGCUCCUCCUGCAGGUGUUCGUCUGGAUUGGAAACGAUGCUCACGAAGAGGAGAAGGCCGAGGCUGCAGAGACAGCUGAGCGCUACAUCCAGACCGAUCCGGCCGACAGAGACCCUCGAACCCCGACCAUGACGGUGAAGCAGGGAUUUGAAACUCCGACCUUCACCGGCUGGUUCCUGGGCUGGAACCACGAGUAUUGGACCGAGGACCCGCUGGACCGCCUCCGCCAGAACCUGUAGAACCCCUGGAACGUGUCUGAAUAAAGAAGAGUCUGACAGUGA